UUUUAUUUUUGCGUUAUGUUAUCUUAUAUAUAGCAAAACAAUUGUGCUUCAACCAUCUGAGGUUCGCAACAUAUCAGUAUUUUUAAUUUUGUAAAGAUUUUAUAGACCUGAAAUUAAAAUGAGCAGGUUGGUACAAGGUGUUUUUAUCGUUGGAACGAAACGAACCCCUUUUGGAACAUUUGGUGGAAAAUUGGUAAAUUCCUCUAUAGCUGAACUUCAAACAGUUGCAGCAAAGGCAGCUCUUACUUCUGCAAAUGUACCAUUAGAAGCGGUCGAUUCGGUAAUUAUUGGAAAUGUUCUUACGACAGGUUAUAAAUAUAUAUUAAUUUUAAUAUUUAUUACAAAUGGGUAUCUUUCCACACAGGAAAUUAACACAGGUGCUUCUAAUAUAGUCCUAACGGGAGGUGUAGAAAAUAUGUCUGCUAUGCCAUAUGCUAUACGCAAUGCAAGGUUUGGAGUUCCCUUGGGUGUAAGCCCUGUAUUAGAAGAUACCCUUUGGGUUGGGUUAACAGACACAUAUUGCAAACUACCCAUGGCUUUAACAGCCGAAAAACUUGGAGAGCAGUAUAAAAUUACUAGAGAUGAAGUUGACGAAUUUUCAUUAAGGUCACAACAGCUUUGGAAACAAGCUCAAGACGCAGGAAGAUUUAAGGAGGAAAUAGUCCCAAUUCCGGUAAAAGUAAAAAAAGAUACUGUAAAUUUUGAGAUUGAUGAACAUCCAAGACCCCAGACUACAAUUGAAGGUUUAAAGAAACUCCCUACCUUAUUUAAAAAAAAUGGAGUAGUAACUGCAGGAUCAGCUUCGGGUGUCUGCGAUGGAGCAGCAGCUGUAGUCUUAGCCAGUGAAGAGGCUGCAACAAAACAUAAUUUGAAACCACUGGCAAGAAUACUGGGCUAUUCUGUAGUAGGAGUAGAACCUUCUAUAAUGGGCAUUGGUCCUGCACCUGCUAUUAGAAAUUUACUGAAAGUAACAGGAAAGUCAUUGAAUGACAUUGAUUUAAUUGAGAUCAAUGAAGCUUUUGGUGCUCAAACUUUGGCAUGUGCCAAAGAAUUAAAUUUAGAUUUAAGUAUAUUAAACGUUGAUGGAGGAGCUAUUGCAUUAGGACAUCCUCUUGGUGCUUCAGGUUCCAGAAUUACUGGACAUCUCGUUAAUGAAUUAAGGAGAAGGAAAGCUAAACUUGGUAUUGGAUCGGCUUGCAUUGGUGGAGGUCAAGGAAUCGCUGUGAUGGUUGAAGCUUUAUAAAUAGAAGACUUUAUUAAAAGACUUAUAAAUAUAUCUAUGAAUUAUAUGUACUAUAUGCCUCUUGUAAUUUACACAUAUCAAUAAAUAUAUAUUUUUUUCUAUACCAAAAUAUUAUCUGCUGUCAAUAGUACAAUCAAAAAUAUAUUUUUGUAUCAGAAGAA